AUGUUUCAUCCAUAUUUAAUGGCUGCAGCUGCACAAGCAAAUGCUGCUGGUUCAUCAACAGAUAAAUCAUCAGAUGGACAGAAUCUACUUACUUCUAAUCCAUAUGGUGGUGCACCUUCACCAUUUUCUGGUUUCAAUCCAGGUAUGCCUUUUCCUUCAUUAUAUCCACCUGGUAUGGGUAAUCAAUCAUUUCGUCCCAAUCUUUUCAAUCCAUUUGGUAUACCUAUUCCGGCACCUGGCGUUCGACCACCACAAGCUCCAUCCGCAUCAUCAUCUUCUUCAUCAUCUUCUAAUCGUCAUCAUCAGAAUUAUGAUGGGUCUCCUCGAAAUCUCAGUGUUCUUCUAGAUGCACAACGUCCAAAGAAACCUCAUAUAAAAAAACCUUUAAAUGCAUUUAUGCUUUAUAUGAAAGAACAACGUGCACGUGUUAUUGAAGAAUGUACAUUAAAAGAAUCAUCAGCUAUAAAUAAAGUUCUUGGACAAAAAUGGAAAGAAUUACCUCGAGCUGAACAAGAUAGAUAUUAUGAAUUAGCAAAAGAAGAACGUAAUCGUCAUAUGCAAUUAUAUCCUGGUUGGUCAGCACGAGAUAAUUAUGGUUUAAAAAAGAAACGACAAUCAAGUGGUCAUACACCUGUAUUAAAUAAUUCACAUAAGAAAGCACCAAGAGAAAAUAAUUCUAUGGUUAAUAGUCCAGGACAUUUAAAUCAUGGUAGUCCGCAUCGUUAUGGUCAACAACAUCAUUUAAUCAAUAGUCCACAUAUGAAUUCAAAUAAAAAUCCAAUGCAAUUAGAGAAUGAUUGUCUAAAUCAAAAGAAAUGUCGAGCAAGAUUUGGAUUAGAAGGUCAAAGUCAAUGGUGUAAACAUUGUCGACGAAAGAAAAAAUGUACAAGAUUUCUUGAAGAAGAUAUGUCAAACCAUGCUAAUAAUAAUAAUAUGAAUAGUUAUCAUAAUCCAUCAAUGAAUACUCAUGGAAGAAAUAAUGGUAAUCCAUCAUUAAUUAAUUCACCACGAACAAAUCAAUCGGAUGAUGAUGAUGAUGAUGAUUCGGUAAAUGAACCUGAUGGUGAUGAUAUAUUAUCUCGACAAGUUGAUACAAUUGAAGAUGAUGAUGACGAAGAUGAGGAUGAUGAUGAAGAUGACAGUGAUGAAGAAAAUAAACAACAACAUCAUCAUCAACAACCUGUUUCACUUGUUUAUAAACCAAUUCCAUCAAAAAUUGAUUCUCAUCAACACCAAUUUCAACCACCACCACCUGCACAUUUAUAUCAACCUUCAACAUUACCAUCUCAUUUUACACCUAACUUUCAUUAUUAA